AUGGCGGCCGCAGAGAGACGGCCGAUGCCCUUGCAGGUGGCAAUGGCCGUCCUUGCGAAGCCACAGCCGCGCGAAGCUUCUGAUGCUGAGGCUUUGGUUCACGACCAGCUCUCCGGCGCUGCAGGAAGCGGCGAGAGCAUGAGCUCCUUGACAGAGCGAUACGAGGAGUCUACAAGCUUGCUUAGCGGACCUCGAGCUAUUCCGGACUUGGACGAUCUGUUGUCCGAUGCAGCCCCUGACAGUGCUGAGACAAGGUCCAUUAUGCCCCUUGUGGUGGCCAUGGCCGUCCUCAGUCGUGCUGAAGCCGUCCGCAAGCGCCGUACCGCGCGCCGUGCUGCACUUGGUGGAGCAUAG